UUUACCAGUUGUCAGUCAUUCAUUAUUUGCUUACCAGUCUUCGGUCUCGUGUGGUGGAGGUUAGUCGUAUUCCCGUCGCGAGCUUUGUGCUUUAAAUGCAUCGCUUUUCCUCAAAUUCAAGCUGAAAUCUCCUCACAUCAACAAACUCCAAGACAGCCUGCGGACCAAUUGAAUUGUGUAGCCAUCAUGGGCAGCUAAGAAAAACAGGUUAAAUAUCGGCUGUGUGGAGGACAGAAGGUUAGCAACACCUCGGAGCAUCUCUCCUCUCUUCCCACUCAGGCAGUCCAUCAAGUUUCCAGCACUAUGGCUGAAGAAGAGUAUGGCAGUUUUGUGGACUGGAACCAGAUGGGGGAUCUGGCCAAGAGCAGCGGGCCCACCAAGGUAGACUGUAAAGACCUGAAAGAGUUCAAACAGAUGGCUCGGCAGGGUUACUGGGCCAAAAACCACAAACUACGGGCACAAGUCUACCAGCAGCUCAUCAAAGCCAUUCCCUGCCGCACAGUUACCCCAGAUGCAGAAGUGUAUCGUGACAUUAUGGGAAGUGCAGCCAAUAAAAAACCCUCCUCAAACAUCCCGCUCCCAGAAUUUGUGGAUGAUAGUCCACUGCCACGGUAUUGCCUGAAGGCAGAGGCAGUAGCCUCAGCCCACCAGAUUAUCAACUGCGUAGCUGGACAGUUUCCAGAUAUCUCCCACUGCCCAUCACUACCCGCUGUUACGUCAUUGCUCCUGCACUUCAGCAAAGACGAGGCUCAGUGUUUUGAGCACAUCAGCCGCAUACUGGCCUGCAACGAGCCAGGCAAACGACUGCUGGAUCAGACUUUCCUGGGCUUUGAGUCUAGCUGCAUGACUUUUGGUGAUCUGGCCAACAAGUACUGUACAGCAGCCCACAAACUGAUCGUGGCCACAGCCCAGGAUGUGCUUGAAGUCUACUCAGACUGGCAGCGCUGGGUGUUGGGUGACCUGCCUUUCAGCCAUGCGGUCAGGGUCCUGGACGUCUACCUAGUGGAGGGCUACAAGGUCCUCUUCCGUGUGGCCAUUGCGUUGCUCAAGUUCUACCGCAAGCAUAAAGCAGGAGCCCAGGGAGGCCAGGGCAACCAGCCGCAGGAUUCAGGCAAUGUCAGGGCGGACAUUCAAGCUUUCAUCCAGGGCAUUGCUUCCACCGUCACACCUGACAAGUUGCUAGAGAAGGCCUUCUCCAUCCGUCUAUUUAGCCGUAAGGAGAUAACCCUGCUGCAGCUCACGAAUGAAAAGUCCCUGCAACAGAAAGGAAUCACCGUCAAACAGAAGCGUCCAGGCGGGAACGUGCAGCUGGCUCUUAACCCUGACUCCUUCUCCUCGGAGAUUGUCAGUGCCAAGGAGAUGCGGGACAUCUGGUCUUGGAUCCCUGAGCGUUUCGCACUGUGCCAGCCACAACUCCUCUUCACCACCUCCACCCAUGGUUGCAGCCUGAACAGAUUCUACCAACAUUGUGAAGGCUAUGAACCCACUCUGCUCCUCAUCCGGACCACAGAUGGUGAUGUAUGUGGAGCCUUCCUGUCCACAGACUGGGAGGAGCGCAAGAGAGGAGGAAACAAACUAAGCUUCUUCGGCACAGGGGAGUGCUUUGUCUUCAGACUGAAGCCAGAGAUGGAGCGUUAUGAGUGGGUGGUGAUCAGACACCCUGAGUUAGCCUCCUCCAUCAAGACUGAGGUCCAGGAAGACGCAGCCUCCUCUGAGGGGCAAAACUCAGACAACAACAUCCUAAAGCAGCCAGAGAAACCUGCUGGAGACCUGUCGCCCUUCCUCUCGGCUCGCCACUUCAACCUUAACUCCAAGAAUACUUCCAUGUUCAUGGCUGGCAACUUUGACUCCAUCAUAGUGGGGGGAGGAGACGGCAACGCUCUGUAUAUCGACUCUGAGCUGAACCAUGGGCGCGCUGGCAGGUGUGCCACCUUUGACAACCCGCCCCUGUGUGCUGAGAGCUUCCAGGUUUCUCUGCUAGAAUCGUGGGGCUUCCAGGAUGCCAUGGCCUCAUAAUGGUUUACACAAAAAAUCACAAAAAUGUACGUUGAUCUAUACGGACAUGGAAAGUUGCAUAUUCAUGCACACAAAUUUGAGCAUUUAAGCACAUAAACGUAAAAAAUCUUGUUUUUUAAAUGUCCAGUUAAGUGUUAAAGGUGGCAAACACAGUUAUAUACAAAGAAUUACAUCCGUCCUGCAAAGUCAUAGAUGAUUAGCUAUUUUUUAUUUAUUUAUGCAGGUAAUCCAAAUUUCAACAUGUGAACAAAAAUUUGAUGUUUAUGUGUGUUUUAUUUUUGUAUUUUGAAAUUUGUAUUAUGGAUGGCUAAUUAUGUAUAAGUGUCUGGUAAUAAGAAGGAGGUCGGAAUCAACUAAAAGGUUUUUUUAGUUGUUUGUUUUGUUUUUCUUUGCUAUGUAAAGUGGAGCGUGUUUGUGGUCAUGCUGAGCUGAAACAUUCGAAGUAGCUCAAUCUGCCAAAUUUACUGUAUAGCGAUUUCUGCAGUUUUGUUAUUUACCAGACCAUAACGUCUAAGAUAAAAAGUGUGAAAUUAUGAGUUGAUAUGGUAAAAGGUUCUACAAAAUGAUGGAAAACUAAGAUUAAAAUGUAGUAAAGUUUCAAGUCAGCUAAGUUCAUAGUCAAUUCCUUUGAUUUGGUGUACAUACGUGCGAUGAAUUACUGUGGUAAAAUGUUUGUGAAUAUUAGUGGUGAAUUUGAGUGUUGCCAUUUUGCACCAAGUGUCAGAGCCUCCUUUUGAAUGAGUGGCAGUUUCUUCCCUCUGUAGUGUAUGGAUAUUCAUGUGAAUAACAGUAGAAACUUUUCCCAGAAAAAAAACUCUGUUCUUCAUUUAUGAGCAAUGAAGAUAAAUGCAGUUUUCUCAUCCUCAUUUUUUUGCCUCUUUUCCUGUGACUUCCGUCCUUUGUGAACAUAGUUACAUAAGAAGUCCAAAAUGUGCCGAUUUGGCAAAGUGUUGUUGGGAUUAUGCACCCUGUUUAUAUCUGUAUGUUCAAAAUGUGCUCCAGUGAAUGUUAAAUUGAGUAACUACAAAUAUAUUGUACAUGUGAAAAUACAGCUAUGUGCUUUCAAA